AUGUUUCCACCACCGCUCACUUUAUCCUCCCCAAAUCGAGUCUCCUCCCUUCUUCUCCACAUUUUCCCUUCAAAUCCUCAUGAAAACCAUCUGAGCCGCCAUCUCGAAUCGGCCUGGAGAUUGACCAUCUCGAAUCGGUCUCUAUCAGAUUCCCCACUUCUUCUGCUCUUCAGUCCGUCGUCUGAUAUUCCCCGCUUCUCUCAUUCCCCUUCUUCCAGCCGAACAUUACCUGAUCAGGCUACCGUUCAUCGGAUUACUACACGGGUUCGAUUUGGUUGCGAGGAGGGAGCAACGGCCUAUGGAGCCGGUAGAGAAUCCCAGCAAGAGUUUUUCCGAUCUGCAGUUUCAUCAGAGGAUGUGGCGGUUAAAGUUUAUUUUGGUAAUCAAUAUAGUGAGAACGCUUUGCAGGACUACAAUAAAGAGAUUGGUAUAAUGAAGAGACUACGUCAUCCAAAUGUGUUACUUUUUAUGGGAUCUAUAUGUCGUCCACAAGAUAAACUUGCCAUCGUCAUAGAAUAA